AUGGCGUCAGAGAGUGGGACUGGAACCUCCUACAGUCAGGGAGGUGUGGGCAACAACUCCUACCACGAGCUGAGUCAGCGGCUGGGGCUUGAGGGCAACAUCUCCGAGGCAGCCAUGCAGCAGAAGCUGGAGGAAUUCAAGGAGUACCUCAAGAAGGAGAUUAGGAAGGAGAUGAAGAUCAAAGAAGGAGCCGAGAAACUACGGGAGGCAUCAACAGACAAGAAAGCCUUACAGAAUGUCAGCAGCAUCGUCAAGAAGGCCAACACCAAACUGCAGGAGCUUCACCAGGAGCUGCAGGAACUCAACGCUUACCUCUUGGUCACCAACACUGGGGUACUGGACGUCAACACCGGUCACCAUGACAGGGGGAUCAAAUCCCUAGAGAAAGGCAACGGUGAGGGAGUGGAGGGGAGCUCUAUCAACCCUCGCCUCAAGUCUUUGCAGAAACAGAUGGAUAUAGAGUUAAAGGUGAAGAACGGGGCCGAGAACAUGAUCACCAUGUACAACACGGGCUCGUCCAGGGACAAGAAGAUGUUGGCCGAGGCCCAGCAGAUGUUGAGUGAUGCCAAGACUAAAAUUGAGAUCAUCCGCAUGCAGAUGCUCAAGGCCAGCCAGGAGAUAGGGGACGUCAACUCUAAAGAUGGUCAAACCAGUGAGAUAUUGUCCCCUCUGGAGCUGAGAAUUGAGGAACUCAAACAUCAUCUGAAGAUCGAGUCUGCUGUUGCUGAUGGAGCCAAGAAUGUCAUCAGAACUUUGCAGAAUUCCAAAUCUGAAGACAAGAAGGCAUUAAAAGAGGCACAGACUAGGCUGGGAGACUCCAGUAUGAAGCAAGAACUGAUCCGGAUGGCUCUGGAGGCCCGACUCAAUGAGCUGGACCCCCAGUCAAACAAGGCCAAACUUCUGAAAUCUGAGAUGGAAGAUUUGUUGAGUCCCAACUUCAACACCUCCUCCAGGCUCUCCUCCUUCAACCAGAGAAGCAAACACACAUCCUUCUUUAACAAGCCAGCUGCCCUGACAGGAAAACUGGAGGUCAGGUUGGUUGGUGUCCAGGAUCUGCUGGAAGAGAUCCCCACCCGACGGAAAGACAGCCUGCAGCUGCUCAUGUCCAGCCCCGGAGAGAGCAGGAGUCUCCUGCGAAGAGGCAGCAGCAAAAUGUAUAACAUCAAGGAUGAGAUCUCAAAUGACGUCAUGUGCUCUCUGAAGCUAGACAACCAACAGGUGGUGCAGACCUCAUGGAAACCUUGCAGUCAGCAGUGCUGGGAUCACCGCUCUUCCAUCGACCUUGACAGGUCCAGGGAGCUGGAGGUGGCUGUGUACUGGCGAGACUGGAGACAGAUGUGUGCAGUCAAGUUCCUGCGAUUGGAAGAUUUCUUGGACAACCAGCGCCAUGGCAUCACCCUGCACCUGGAGCCCCAGGGCAUCUUAUUCUGUGAGAUCACGUUCCUCAACCCGACCUUGUCUAGGAAGCCCAAGCUGCAGAGACAGAGAAAGAUAUUCCCCAAACACAAAGGUAAAAAUUUCCUGCGGCCAAAUGAGAUGAAUAUUAAUGUUGCCACAUGGGGUCGUCUCAUGAAGAGAGCACUGCCGCCAAUCAGCUCUGAGGGGAAUGAACCGGCUAACAGGGACUCCCAAGUGAUGUCUCCAGGAAUCCUGUCCCAGGACCGAGGCCCGCCUGUUUCACAGCUGAACUUUGAACCUCCCGAGCUUGCUAAGAAAGCUCGAGAAGCGGACAACAGAAAAGAAGACUCGGAAAAUGACAGAAGGGUUGAUUUACCAACUGCAAUGCCUGCCCCACUCCACCACUCCCACUCGUACUCAUCCCAUAGGCACUCACCACAGACAAAUGAGAGGGAGGACGUUCAGCAAGCCUUGUCCAAUUUUGACUUCUUAGGGGAGGCUACUCCCAACACUUCUUCCAUAGACCUGGACAGCUCGGCUGACCAGUCGUUUGAACCACCACCACCUCUGCCUAAGUGUUCACCCCCAGUCCCAGUGGCUCCCUCACCUGCCACUCCAGCGAUCAUUCCAUCAGCGAAAACAGUGUCGGCCCCGCGGGCUGUGGUUCCAGAGCCAGAGUUUGUAGGGCACAAGAUGAGAAUGGAUGACUUUAGACCCAUCAGUGUACUGGGCCGAGGCCACUUUGGCAAGGUGCUGCUGGCCCAGUUCAAGAAGUCUGGUGAUUAUUACGCCAUCAAAGCUCUGAAGAAAGGGGACAUCAUUGCCAGGGACGAGGUGGAAAGUUUGAUGUCUGAGAAGAGAAUCUUUGAGGUCAUCAACAACAUCAGACAUCCAUUCUUGGUUAACUUGUUUGCCUGCUUCCAAACUGCUGAGCAUGUAUGUUUUGUCAUGGAAUAUGCAUGCGGUGGAGACCUGAUGAUGCACAUACACAACGAUGUGUUCACGGAGCCACGGACCGUGUUUUACGCUGGCUGUGUGGUCCUCGGCCUACAGUACUUACAUGAGAACAAGAUCGUCUACAGAGAUCUCAAACUAGACAAUCUUCUUCUGGACUCGGAAGGCUACCUUAAAAUGGCCGACUUUGGUUUGUGUAAGGAAGGCAUGGGCUACCAGGAUCGAACCAGCACCUUCUGCGGCACACCUGAGUUCUUGGCACCAGAAGUCCUUACAGAAACAUCCUACUCUAGAGCGGUGGACUGGUGGGGCCUGGGCGUGCUUAUCUAUGAGAUGUUGGUUGGAGAGAGUCCAUUCCCUGGCGAUGACGAGGAGGAAGUAUUUGACAGUAUUGUCAAUGAGGAGGUCCGCUACCCAAGGUUUCUUUCGACUGAAUCGAUCGCCAUCAUGAGACGGCUGAUGAGAAGGAAUCCGGACAAGCGUCUUGGUUCUAAUGAGCAGGAUGCUGAGGACGUCCGGCGGCAGACCUUCUUUCGGAAUGUCAACUGGAGUGAUUUGUUACUGAAGAAAGUCAAGCCUCCAUUUACACCCACAUUG